UGUGGUAACGUAAAAAUAAAUGGCUGAAGUCGUUAUGCCUGGUAGACGGGCAUACUGGUCUAAAUACGCCUUAGAUUCUAGUGAAGAAUCCGAGUCAGCAUUUGUUCCAGGAGUGUCAGCACCAGGAAACAGACGUCCAAUGAAAAUGCUGGCUAGGAAAACUCCGGAGAUAAAAGUACGGAUUCCAGUUGCUCAGCCACUUGUAGAACAACUUGCUGUAUCUAUGGAUACCGUCACCGACAUCAGCUGUGAUGAUGCUAUAAACAAGAAGCAAAGGCCUCCUCAGAUCAGAUCUACAUCUGGGGUCAAGGUCAUGACAGGAGUGAAUGUCAAGGACACACAACGAAUCAAGCCAGGCAUCCAUGACAACAAACAGAAAUCUGUAUCACUAAAAGACUUACCACUGGAGGAAAAAAAGAGGAUUGCCAACCUCAUCAAAGAAUUAGCGAGGGUCGGUGAUGAGAAGGAAAAAGCGAUUGACCAACUUCAUACAGAAAGAAAUCAGUUUGAGAAACAGGUUCUUCAACUUGUGGAUCAACAAGAAAGAAUUCUCAAUGAAAGAGAAGUCAUACAGAACCAGCUGUUCCAAUGUCAGGACCUACUGGCAAGGUACCAAGACAAGAUUGAACAGAAACAACAGGAGGUGAUUGACCUAAUCACUACGCCAAUAAAGAGCCAGAAAGAAAAACAACCUAGGUCAAGGUCAAGAUCUCCGGAAUCUUCCAUUCCUUACACAUCACAUUGUCAUGGUAACCAUGCUGAUCUGCGUUCAUCACAAGACAAACUGUACACGUCCCUCAUAGACAAGGCCAUUGCUAACCAGAGGUCAGGAAUGGGUGAAGACGGCCUCAGCUCUAUUGGGGGUCAGUCUGAAGUUGGUGAGGGAUCUGUCAAAGCCUUAACACCACCAAGAGGUCAUCACCCCAGCCUGGUUCCUCUGGCCCUUAGGGAGCCAGUCAUGUCUAGUACACAGAAAAGUGCCGAUAUAAAAGUGUUCAAUUCAGAGGAAGGCAGUUUCCAUUCGUUACAACCUGACCCCAGCCCAAGGUCAUCACGCAUAUCUAAUGAAUUUGUACUAGCAAAUGAAAAUAAAGACAUGUUGCAAAAAUCAAAAGUAGGGUUCAAGGAGAAACUGGAGGAAGACUUUGAUAAGUUACAUUCACCAACAGUAAACCCGCCUGGUGUGUUUGGUGAUAAAAGUUAUAUGAGUUAUUACAAGAAACUGUCUCAGACAGACAGGAAGCGCGAGUUGCUACGCCAACGGGAAAAAUUACUUGAUGAGCAACAACGAUUAAAAGACAUUUUGAGGUCACAAGAAGCUCAAAUAAAAACAAGGCAAAACUUGAUUGAGCAACAAAGAGAUCUACAACAAGACCGUAUGGAAUUCUUUGAGAAAAAUGGCAAAUUUCCUCUUGGUAGGGAAACAGCAGUUCCAGAAGGUGGAAACCCCACAACAAACACAAGCAUUUCCUCCAAAGAAAAUAUUCCCCCACCUCCUGUGUCACUGCCCCUCCCCCAGGGACAGGCUCAGGGGGAUGAUGAUGGCAGUUUGUUCAAUUACGGGGUGAAAAAGCUGAACUUUGACCUUGAGGGAGAAGAUGUUGGUGAGGAGUGUACAAAAACUCCACCGAAAUCUCAACAACGCAAUCAACAGUCCAUGGCCACCUCUCCAAUCAGGAUGGUGUCGCCAAGAGAGAGAGCUACCAGCAGUCCAUACCGAGGUGUAGACGCAGCUACCAGUGUUUCUCAUAUACACUUAAGUCCUAGGACCCAGAAACACAAUGAGUCAGUGGAGGAUUUGUUACUGGGACAGCAGGUUAACCUCCCCUUACCUCACAGUCCUACCAUCAGGAGCAGCACUGGUCAAUAUCAGAAUAACCUCCCUUUACAGUCCAACAGAGGGCGUUCAAAUCAGUCGCCUGUCAGCAAACCAUCAGCAGGAGACAAGACACUAUCUGUGAUAGAGAUACUAAACACUAUGGAGAAGAGCCCAUCCUUGUCAGGGAGUGUGCGUGGUAAUAAGAACAGCCCAGGCUUGUCAGGAAGUGUGCAUGGUAACAGGAACAGCCCAGGCUGGUCAGGAGGUGUACACAGAGAUAAAGACGGUCCAAGUCGGUCAGGAGGUUCACGUGGUCAGGUCCAAAGUCCAAGGCAUGGAUAUAUAACUCCUCAGAAAUCUGACUCUCUUUAUGACUUUGUAGAAGCAGAAGAGGAAGAAAGUCAAAUUCUUGAAGAUGUUUUCUUUCUGAAAUGAAGAAUUGUAAAGAUUUAUCAACCACAAAUUCCUACUUUUUUUCGGCAUUUAUGUUAGGGAUCAGGUAUUAUCUGUCUUCAUUACAAACAGAUUCUUUGGAAGAUGUGAGGAGUUACCUCCCCUUUGUACAGAUAUUAUCUGAUCAACAAAUCAUAUAUAUAUAUAUAUAUGAAACACUUUUUAUGUAAGGUGUGUUGGGGAUUGUGUAAGGACAUGUGAAAGUUACCUCCCUUUGCUCAUUCAUCUACAAGGAACUGAGAUUGUGUAAUGACAGUUUACAUCUGGAAUGUUGGAAACAUUGUAUUGUUCAAUUUUGUUUUCUCUGUUGCUGUAUAACAUAUUAGCAGUAGUAUUGGUCGACUUGCCACAAUGCAGUCAUAAAUUAUUGGAGCAAUAGAAAAUACACAGAAAUGAUUCAAUCUCAAGAUUCAAAUUGGAUGUAAAAAGUCUUGAACAAAGAUGCGUGAUCUUGGAUAUACUGUAAUGUGGAGCAACUGGUGGAGUCAAUAUGGCUGCCAAAAUACAUAUAUAUUUAUGUACCAAAGAUAUUAUAGAUCUGAGUAGGACUAGUUUCUUAUCACAUUUCCAAAAUAUGGAGACAAUUAUUGUACACUAAUGUAGAGGCAAAGUCAGUGACUCCAGGUCGAUUGUAACAUAGGAAAUUAAUAUUUAAAUGUAACCAAAUGUAUCUGUGCCUUUUAUACAUCAUUUAAAUCUACAUUUGUUGUACAUUCCACUAUUUGAGCUUUCAAAAUCAAUAUUUUGUUUUGAGAUGAUAAUUCUAAAAAAAAAAUGUCUUUCACAUUCAAUACAUAAGUUAAGUUUGAUAAAUCAGCAUUAAGUCUGACAAUAAACUCGCCCUUCAGAGAAAAAAAAAGCAACAAAUACUAUUUUUUUGUAUAUGGUAGCAGAUGUUAUGUUAUACUCCAUCUAAACGUUUCAGAUAAAAUUGAUGUGUUGACCCUGAAGUUGUUAUAGGAUGGACAGGGUAAUGUGUAGUAACCAGCUGGCAUAUGUUGCCUGUUUGACUAUUCCAUGUUUCAAACUUUAUAUUAAAUUCUCUGAUACAGAAAUUAGGUCAGAUAUUGAUAUUGUGUAAUUAUUUUUAAAAUUUUGAUUAAAGGAAAAUUAAUCAGAUCUGUUUUCAAAGGUUAUCUUAUAUUAACUGAACUAACAACAUCAAAUAAACCUACCUUGUCAAAUAAAUUUGAAAUUGUUUAGGAGAAACAUAUUCUUGAGAUUUGACAUAUAAUAGAUAGAAUUUACUGAAUGUAAAUCUGCAUGCCUUAAGUGUGCUUGUGAGAAUAAAUUGUACGAUAAUGUUGUUCUGAUGAAGCCCGACAUUAAGGACCAAAAUGGGUAGACCAACUACCUAAUAAAACAAUUUGUUUAUUUUGAGACUCUUUGUGAAGUGCUAAAUUGAUCCUGCAGUAACCCAAGGGACCAACAUGUAAUCUCUGAUGAAUGAGAUGGGCUUAUUACAGGAAUAUUGGCUAAGAUGUUGUCAUUUCUUUUUAAGCUCCCAGUGACAUGGCUGUGCUGAUCUAUGGUAAUGUAAAAAUUAUGAUAUCACAAAAACAGGGUUAUUUACUGUAAAUUUACAGCAGCCUGAUACUGUGGUAAUUUUGUGUUGUACACAUACAUGUACAUCAAAUUACAUGUCAGAAAAAUGUCCGAAAAGAAGAUAAAGAAAUGUUCAGGAUUUUUAUAGAUAGGAAGGAAGUAAAUCCAUGAAGAGAGAUUUAGAAAUCAUUUUUAAUGAACAUCCAAGAAAGCAAUAGAACUGUUACUGCUCUGAUUGACUAUGUCAUUAGAGAGUAAAUGAGAGAAUAUUUCUUAUUAAACUUGGUUGUUUUUACUGCAGAUCUCUGUCUCAGCAAACCAUUGAUGAAUUAUUUCAACUUAUAAGUGGAUGACAUGGUCCAUCUUUUCAUUCUUUACCUGUAAAGGAAAACGCGUGAUCAACACCACACAGAAGUACUGUUUGUUUGCUGAAUAAUCUUAUUGUAUGUAAUAUGUUUAGGCAUUAGGAUGUUACUGUUAUUAGUCCAUGGACAUCAUUAAAUAAAAAGGUCUCCCCUAAGUU